GUCCUUUUCUGUCCGUGCAGUUACAAACUACGGCAAUGUGGCGGAGCGUGCGUCGGAUUCAGAUGACGAGGACAAGCUGCACAUCGUGGAGGAGGAGGGCAGUCUGCCGGACGGGGCGGACUGCGACAGCAACCUCCACGAGGAAGAACGCAACGGGGACCGCUGGGACGAAGUGAGGGAGGGGUGCGGCUCAGACGGCGAGGAUGCGGGCAGCACAGACGCCCUGGUCGAAGAGAUGCUGCAGCAGGGCGACACAGCCGUCAUUUACCCAGAAGCCCCGGAGGACGAGGCGCGGCAGGGCACGCCCGAGGCCAGCAGCCACGACGAGAACGGCACUCCAGACUCGUUCUCUCAGCUCCUCACCUGCCCUUACUGUGCCCGGGGCUACAAGCGCUACUCCUCUCUGAAGGAGCACAUCAAGUACCGCCACGAGAAGAGUGAGGACAACUUCAGCUGCUCCCAGUGCAGCUACACCUUCACCUACCGCACGCAGCUGGAGAGGCACAUGACGGCCCACAAGGCUGGACGAGAGCAGAGACACGUGACACAGUCAGGGGGCAACCGCAAAUUCAAGUGCACUGAAUGUGGAAAGGCUUUUAAAUACAAGCACCACCUGAAGGAGCACCUACGCAUCCACAGCGGAGAGAAACCCUACGAGUGCUCCAACUGCAAAAAACGUUUCUCCCACUCCGGCUCCUACAGCUCGCACAUCAGCAGCAAGAAGUGCGUCAGCCUCAUCACAGUCAACGGACGACCCAGAUCGGGGGCCAAGACCCAGGCCCAGUCCCCGGCCAUGCCCUCCUCACCGGCCGCCCUCCGGACACAGCCCCGGGACAAGCCUGACCACGGCAAGCCCCUGCAGGAGCAGCUGCCCCUCAACCAGAUCAAGACCGAGCCGCUGGAUUACGAGUACAAGCCCACCAUGGUGGUUACCCCAACGGGGGUCAACGGGGUCUUCAACGGAGGGGGCGUGGCUGCUCCUCUCCAGGGUGCAGUCCAGGCGGUGGUCCUGCCCACCGUGGGCCUGGUGUCGCCCAUCAGCAUCAACCUGGCCGACCUCCAGAACGUUCUGAAGGUGGCAGUGGACAGCAACAUGAUCCGGCAAGUUCUGGAGAACAACGCCAAGGGCCAGCAAGGCACGGGGCCGCUGCACUCCCAGCAGCAGCUCAUCUCUGCCAUCAGCCUGCCCAUCAUGGGGCAGGACGGCAACGCCAAGAUCAUCAUCAACUACAGCCUGGACCCUGCCCAAGCCCAGGCCCAGCUCACAGCCCAGAACCUGAAGAAGGAGCCCCUGAACCCGGCCUCAGCCCAAAUCCACCUCCAGGCUCAGUCUGAGGCCUGCAAGGGUCAGAAACUCCCUGAGGAUCUGACCGUGAGGCUGUCGAGAGAGAGAGAAGCCAAGGAGGAGACCAAGAUGGAGGACAAGACCACUAGCACCUGUCUGUUGUGUGACGACUGUCCCGGCGGACUGGACACACUUCACGCCCUCAAGCACUGCAAGAAGGAGGGCCUCAGGAUCAAGGGCAGAGGCCUGGACCAAUCAGAGUCCGCCAUCGCCGCCCUGCUCGCCGACGGGGACCUCUGUCCAGACCAGCCCAAGAACCUGCUCUCCCUCCUCAAGGCGUACUUUGCCUUAAACGCUGCGCCCACUAAGGAGGAACUGACCAAGAUCUCCAACUCCGUCAGCCUCCCCACCCACGUGGUCAAGAAGUGGUUCGACAAGAUGCAGGAGGGGCAGAUCUCGCUGGGGGCUCCCACCCCACCCUCUGAGGCGGAGGAUGAGGGGGACGGGUUUAUCCCGGAGGGUACCACCGCCCUCUUGAGCGCUGAGACCCCUGUUGGGGCGCAGGUCAGCCCGGCCGAGGCCACCCAGGCAGAGGUCGACGGCGCCAGCGUCGGCCCUACCUCCCCCUCGCCACUGAACCUGACCGCUGGGGGGCCAGUCACAGCUGAGCCCCCCCAGGGCACUGAGGGACCCCUGGACCUGUCGCUACCAAAGCCCACCAGAGAGGAGGCGCAGAGGGCUGAGGCCAGGGCCAAGCUCCACCCCUCCCCCUCCUCCUCCCGCCGGUCGGCCCAGCAGGACGAGCCCCUCAACUUGACCUGCAUCAAGAAGGAGCCAGGCACCAGCCCCGUCCCCUUCAACGCCAGCCUGCCAAGUGCCAACCCCAUCAACAUCAUGACCACUCAGCUGCCCACCCUCGUGACCAUCACUGACCCGAGCCGGGUGCCCUGCUUGCGGACGCUCACCUCCGCCACCAACAAACAGGCCAUCCUCAUCCCCCAGCUGACAUACACCUAUACCACUAUGGCCAGCAACCCGGCAGCCAAUCAGAUGCAGGACAAGACUGUGCUUCUCAACGGCAUCAAGGAGGAGAGGCAGGACACCAGCUCGGAGGGCGUGUCCACGCUGGAGGAGCAGAACGACUCGGACUCCGCCCCACCCAGGAAGAAGAUGAGGAAGACGGAGAGCGGCCUGUACGCCUGCGACCUGUGUGACAAGAUCUUCCAGAAGAGCAGCUCCCUGCUGAGACACAAAUACGAACACACAGGGAAAAGGCCCCAUGAGUGUGGCAUCUGUAGAAAGGCCUUUAAGCACAAGCACCACUUGAUAGAACACAUGCGCCUGCACUCAGGAGAGAAGCCCUACCAGUGCGACAAGUGUGGCAAGCGCUUCUCUCACUCCGGCUCCUACUCCCAGCACAUGAACCACCGCUACUCCUACUGCAAGAAGGAGGCGCAGGGUGGCGGAGGUGGGCGGGACAGCCCAGAGGAGGAGGGCGACACCGCCGCCGACAUGGUCCUGAGCGUCGGGGAGGUGCAGUCAGACAGCCGGGCCACCUCGCCUCCUUCCCACCUGGACUCAGACGAGCGAGGCAGCAGCGCCCGGGAGGACGAGGAGAGUGAGGAAGAGGAGGAGGACAUGGAGACGACGGCAGGGGGGCUGGACGAGGGCGUCCUUGACAUGGAUGAGAUACAGGUAGUGAAGAUAGGGGAGGAAGGAGGGAAGGAUGAGGAGGAGGAGGAGGAAGGAGAAGAGAGGGAUCAGAAUGGAGAGGACAUGGAAGAGGAGGGGGUGGAACAGGUGGUGGUGGGGGGAGAAGGGGAGGAGGAGGAGGUAGAGAGGGUAGUGUUCGGGGAAGAUGGCCAGGAAGAGGAGGGGAUAAGGGUAGAAGUGAAGGAAGAGGAGGAAGAGAGGGAUGAAGAGGUAGAUACAAGGCAGGGGGAGGGGCAGGAGAACACUAAAGAAGAUGAGGAAGGUGGCGGAGAGAAAGACUAUGAGAUAGAGAAGGAACUGGUUGAGGAAGAGAAAGAGGAGGACUGUGGGGUGGAGAAGGAACUGGUUGAGGAAGAGAAAGAGGAGGACUGUGGGGUAGAGAAAGAACUGGUUGAAGAGGAGAUAGAGGAGCACUGUGGGGUGGAGAAGGAACUGGUUGAGGAGGAGAUAGAGGAGGACUGUGGGGUAGAGAAAGAACUGGUUGAAGAGGAGAUAGAGGAGCACUGUGGGGUGGAGAAAGAACUGGUUGAGGAGGAGAAAAAGGAGGCAAUGGACACAGAGGAAAGAGUGACGUCAGCACAGGUGGAAUCAGAGAAUAGUGUGGUGGAGGACGAUGAGGUCAUCAAAGAGGAUGAAGGUGCAACAAAUGGAAACAGUGAAAAAAAACGUGUUUUUUGAAGACAAGAACCAGACUCCAGGAGUGAAGGAAGAAGGAGACACAAAAUGAACCACAAACAAGAAAACGGACCUAUGUUUCUUUUUCUCCCCCAAAAAUGGAUGGAUGUUGGUCUAAAGGAAAGGGUGGAAAUCAAAAUGCAAGCAUUUGGUUGCUUGGACAAGACAUUUCAGUUCACUACUGUGUAUAAAAUCCUGGUGCCUGAAAAAUACUUGUGACUUUUACCACAGGAAAGACAUUCUCAGUGUUAAAAAAUGCAUUUGUUUAAAAAAAAAAAGGAAAAAAAAGAAAAAUACAAAUUUUAAUGAUGAUGAAAUGCAUUAUACAGACGGACUAGAGCCGACACAUUUUAGAAAAUGUUUUAUUACUAAAACACCUUGGGUCAUUUCUUUUUAUCAGUGUUACUAAUUUUAUCAUUCAUAUUUUAACCUUUUAAAAGCUGUACAGUUGGGAAAGAUUUCUAUACCUUUUUAUUGCCAAUGAACAAAAAAACAGUAUUUUAUUAAGUUAGAGAAUGGAAGAAAAAAAAGAAAAUUCUGUGCACUACAAGUGGCUUGGUUUACCUAUGGAUAUAACCGUUUCUGUUGUCUACCCUUCAGUAUUAUCGCACUAGCCCUGCCGCGCCUGCCACCUUAGCGAUGCUAGCAUAACCUUUGUUUUUUGAACGUAUUGUGAGCCUUACGAACUAUGGGGAAUGGAUGAGUUCAGCCAUGUUUUAAAGAUAACCUUCAGCUGAGGUAGAGCUGAAGUAGAGGGACAGAGACAUUCUGAGGUACAUAGUUUGCAGAGAUACAUUGUUCUAAAUGUUUUGUUCGUUCGUUCAUAUUUGUUGGUAUUCAAAUCUGCGUUACAGUGUUACGUUCAGAUCAAGCAGGAGUGGAGUAGGCCUACUAAGGAAAUAAUUUUAGCACCCUAUUCCCACUCCCUGCCUUAUGCAAAAAAAGUAAUAAAAACAUGCAUAUCAAAAGUGCCAUUUGAAUAUUGCUGUUUAACCUUAGUAGUUGUUAUCAGGUGUUACCAGAACCCCGAUUUGAUAGCAGCUCAAGGUGUCAAUUCUUUAAGCCGACCACUGUUGACUUAGGCUCACCAAUGAUCCUGAUGGUGUUAGCAUAGUGCAUACUCAUGUGAUAUAGUUUAGAAUGAUCUUUAGCCAUUUUUCUAAUCAGAGCAAUCAAUUACUGAAAUUACUACAUGUUGUAGAUGGAUGAUAGCGGAAAUGUAGUGUUUCCUGCCUUGAGAUAUUGAAACUCUUUCCCUGGUGAGUGCACUUGUUUGACACUAGUGAAAUGCUACUCUCUCUUCAGGUAAAACAUUUAUAAAAAAAAAUAGACAUCCCAGAUCCCAGGAUUUCAAUUUAUGCGUUAUUUUUACCUGUCAGUAUUAUUUUGUUGUUUUCUUUACGUUUUCGUUCCAAUGUGUGUACUGUAUGUUUUCAGAAAAAUUGCAGUAUUAUCUCUUCCCCACAAUGAUAUUUAGUUCUAGAAAACUUUUAUAUUUAUGUGUCUUAUUUUUUUAUAUUUCUUUAUGGUUAUUUAUUACACAGUGUAGUGUACAAUACUGUAGUUUGUAUUAAUACAAUAAUAUAUUUUAGUAUGAAAAAUCAUUUCAAUUGCAAAUGACAAAGCUGGAAGAUGAGUCUGGCAUCCUGAAGUAUGUUUUUAUUUCAAAUAAAUGAAAUGAUGUUUUCUCCUGAACAAAACCACACCCUACAAGCCUGAAAAUUGUACCCUGUGACCUCAAUGCAUCUAUUUUCAUGCAAGUCGUUUUUUUCUUUGCCCUCUAAAAUGAAGCUACUGAACUUUUCUGAAAACUAACUGUAUGUAUAAUAGCAUGAGUGUGCUGUUGUAUUGAAGGAUGACAAUACCUUAACUAUAAAAAUGUCCUUUUGCCAAGCCAAAAUAAUAUUGACGUUUUUGUUUUUAUUUUGUGCCAAUUUGUUACUUUGUAUCUUGACGUUCAAAGCCACAAUCUCUUUUCUAUGUCCCUGUUUUAAUCCCAUGUUAUUUUUUUUAAUAGUGAUAUCGUUUUUUUAUGACUCCCCAUCUCACAAAUAAAAUUCAUCAACAACAUU